AUGGCGGAACCGCCGAACCCAGCUUACGGCGCCGUGGCUGUCCUCUCCGAGAAGGAAGCAUUCGGCAAGCUCCAGCCCGCCUCGCGGGAGCCGCCGGGCUCUGGGUCCGCCAAGAAGGUUCGGACUGAGGAGAAGAAGGCGCCGCGGAGAGUGAACGGAGAAGGCGGCAGCGGCGGGAACGGCAGGCAGCUGCAGCCGCCCGCCGCCCCGCCGCCUCAGAGCUACGGCAGCCCGGCGGCGUGGAGCUUGGCGGCUCUGCCCGCCGCCGCCUCCCCGGCCUCGGCCCGGAGCUGCUUCUCUCUGUCCGCCAGCCCGAGCGCCUCGUCAGCCCCCGCUUCCUCCGCUCCGCCGGUGGCGCGCAGACUGCUGGUCGCCCCCUCGCUGCUGCACGCUCAGCCUCACCACGUCCUGCUCCCGCCCGCCGCCCCGCCGCCCGCCGCCAAGCCGCGCAGACCCAAGGAGAAGCGCGACAAGGAGAAGCGCAGGCACGGCCUCGGCGGCGCCGCCCGCGAUGAGAACGGGGAGGCCAGGCCGCCGCCGCCGCCGCCGCCGCCGCGAGAUAAAAUCAAAGACAAAAUUAAAGAGAAAGACAAAGAAAAAGAAAAAAAGAAGUAUAAAGUAAUGAGUGAGAUCAAGAAAGAAAAUGGAGAUGUAAAGAUUUUGCUGAAAAGUGGGAAGGAGAAACCAAAAACAAGUGUAGAAGACUUACAAAUUAAAAAAGUAAAGAAGAAAAAGAAAAAGAAACACAAAGAGAAUGAAAAACGAAAGCGUCCAAAAAUGUAUAGCAGAUCUAUUCAGACCAUGUGUUCAGGACUGCUGUCUGAUGCUGAAGAUCAAGAAGCCAGAGGCAUCUUAAAUGAUAACAUAAAGGACCACAUCGGAAAACAUUUGGAUACCGAGAACCGUGACUCCAAAAUUCCUGAUAACAGUGAAUUUCCAUUUGUCUCCUUAAAGGAACCACGAGUUCAGAAGAACCUUAAAAGGUUGGACACUUUGGAGUUCAAGCAGCUCCUUCAUAUUGAACACCAGCCUAAUGGAGGUGCGGCCGUCAUCCAUGCCUACAGUGAUGAACUCUCCCGCCUGUCUCCUGUGGAGAUGCAGAGAUUUGCAGAAGAAUUUGUGGGUUUAGUGUUCAGUGAAAAUGAAAGUUCUGCAGCUUUCUAUGUAAUGGGUAUUGUUCAUGGGGCAGCUACUUAUUUACCUGACUUUUUAGACUACUUUUCAUAUAAUUUUCCCAAUUCACCAGUGAAAAUGGAGAUAUUGGGAAAGAAAGAUAUAGAGACAACGACUAUGUCCAAUUUUCAUGCUCAGGUAAAAAGAACAUAUUCUCAUGGUACUUACAGAGCUGGCCCCAUGCGACAGAUAAGCUUGGUGGGAGCUGUUGAUGAAGAAGUGGGAGAUUUCUUCCCUGAGUUCCUUGACAUGUUGGAGGAAUCACCAUUUUUAAAAUGUACAUUGCCGUGGGGAACACUAUCUAGUCUAAAAUUAGAGAGUCGCAAAGAUAGUGAUGACGGUCCCAUCAUGUGGGUGCGUCCAGGAGAACAAAUGAUCCCUGUGGCUGAUAUGCCAAAGUCACCCUUCAAAAGGAAAAGAACUACCAAUGAAAUAAAAAACCUGCAGUAUCUACCUCGGACCAGUGAGCCUCGGGAGAUGCUGUUUGAAGACAGGACGAGAGCCCAUGCGGAUCACAUAGGACAAGGCUUUGAGCGACAGACUACAGCUGCUGUUGGAGUGCUGAAGGCUGUGCACUGUGGACAGCGGCCUGAUCAACCCCGAAUAACCAAAGAUGUAAUUUGUUUUCAUGCAGAAGAUUUCUUAGAAGUAGUUCAACGAAUGCAGUUAGAUUUACAUGAACCUCCACUGUCCCAGUGUGUCCAGUGGGUUGAUGAUGCAAAACUUAAUCAGCUGAGGAGAGAAGGCAUUCGCUAUGCCAGGAUUCAGCUGUAUGAUAAUGACAUUUAUUUUAUUCCGAGGAACGUUGUUCAUCAGUUCAAGACAGUUUCUGCUGUGUGCAGUUUGGCAUGGCAUGUUCGACUUAAGUUAUACCACACAGAGGAGGACACCUGUCACAGUGCAGUUACUCAUGAAUCAUGUGUAUCAUCAGCUUCCACAUCAUCAGUCCUCGGACCUCACACUGACAACAUAAUUUGUGCUGUGAACCAAACCUCAUCAGAGUCUGUGUUUUCAGACAAACUUCAUCCUAAAUAUGAAGUACAACAGAUUAAACACGAACCUAUUGCGUCUACAAGAAUCAAGGAAGAACCUGUGAAAGUUAAUAUACCUGAAAAGACUAGACUACCGAAUAAUACAGAGGGCAAGAAUGUUAAGACAAAGUUGGAGCGUGUUCAAUUUUCAGAUUUUCAGAUUGUCAUGGAUUCUAAAUUUGAAAAUAGUAACAAAGACUUAAAGGAAGAAUUGUGUCCUGGAAGUCUCAUUAAUAUAGUAGAUACAAGGCAACAUAGUUCUAUACGUUCAGAUCAAGAUAAAAACGAUGAUGACAAUUUGUGCUAAAUUUGUACAUUGCAUUUAAAAUUCUUUUUAAAAAAUAAUUUGUAAUAAUGAUUCAUGAAAUCUGAAAGCAAGCCUAGGAAUUGCUCUCAAGUCUAUUACAAAAUCUAGUUUAUGUAGCCGUGUAACAUUCCUCAGUGCCUGUCCACAGCUGUGAAGUAGCACGCACUUAGGCCUGGAGCACUGUAAUCCUUGCAGGUUAAGUCAAAAGGAGACUGUAGAAAAGUCAUGGCAGUUGGAGUUUUAGGUUUUAGAAUGGAACUGACAAAAUCAUUAUAAAUAUAUUUUUUGUAAUAUGAGCCAGAGUUCUUUUUUCACAAUUUAAGGUUUUUUCAUAGAGCUUAUUUAUACUGACUUUUUUUUUUCAUUUUAAAUGUGUCAGCACUGUAGUGUAAAUAGCUUUAAAAAAUCUUUUUAGUGUGAUUUAUAUUGAAAUGUGAGCCACUUAAUAAAGGUUCAUAAUAAUAAAUGCUUUCUGUUGAGUUUGCAAAAACAAACUGACAAUUCAGUUUAAUUGUUUGAUAUAAUUAUGUUUCUGUUAUUAUAUACAUGUGGGGGAGGUAAUGGAGGAAAAAUGUAUGUCUUCAAAUCUAGUAAAUAUUUAAAUUUUCCAUACUGUACAAGCCUUCAAAAAACGAGGAUUCAGUUAUGUAUAUAUAGUGUGUUUGUGUGUAUGUAUACACACACACGUGUGCGUGUAUUUGGGGAUGUAUAUAUGUAUAUUGUUUUGCACAAUUUCUUAAAUUGAUGAAUAUAUGAAAAUUCUUAGUGCUACUUCCCGGAAUACAUCCUAAAAUAUUUAUGUUCAACAAUAAGAAAAUAAUUGAUAGUUUUAGAAGUUGGGAGAAACUAAGUAUGUUGAUGGUUUUAAUCCUUCUAAUUACUGAAGUUAUGUGGCCAGAUUCUUCAGCCCGAGUGUAAUUUUCUUUAUUGUGUAAGUAAUAAGUUUAGAAAAUUUUCUUACUAAUAAGCACUUAUAUGUUUAAUAAUAGCAGAGUAAAAAAUUGACAUGCACAAAGUUUAAUUAUGAGCAAUUAAAGGUCUUCUUUUACAUUUUUCCACGUUACACAAAUGAAAUUUAAAACAGGAGCAGUGACAGUGACUCAGCCCCAUCUACAGAUGUAGCUGACACACACUGUAAGCCCAUCCUUCUCAGGACCCGUCCCCAGCCACAAGGCAGAUGUCAGGUGUAGCAUUCUAGAGAUGCUCUAGAAAGUUCACUGUGUAGGAAACAGGGUGGCCAAUGCCUACAAGGUGAGUAGCAUAGUCUGCUUCCACUUACAUAAUUAAAAGUUGAGUACUGGAUGUGUGUGGAUGGAAGGAGUCUUAAGCAUUAUGAACGUUUUGUUCUUUGUCGUACUCUGGCCCCUAUCUUGAUUGGUGACUCUCAGGUGGCUUUCCUUGUGCUGCAUGCCUUUUGGGAGACUGCUAUUUCCCUUCAGUGGGUUCCAUUUUCUUCUCAUUUCGGGUAAGCCAUCAAAGCUCAUGCUUCUAGUUGGUUAGACCACUUAGAAAAAUGUUUUUACCAGAACUGAUGAAAAUCAACGUUAGCAACAAUGGGGAAUCUCAUCUCCUGACUUAAAAAGAAGAUAGGCAAAUAAAAUAGGAAAUCUUGGUGGCUUGUAGGAACUCAAUAUGUUUGUAGUGGGGGAUGUUUCAUGGAAUAGAGAAGUUAAAAAUCAUGACAGUGUAAAUAGGGGUUUUAUUUUAUAUGUAACUAGCUGUCUUUCACUGUACUUGUUUAAGCCACUUUAAGCUAAAUUUAGGGUUCUUUAACCAUCUUUCUGGGAAACAAAUUCUUAAUAAAUGAGUAUUAAGACAUAGGAAGGGAUACUGUUAAAAUUUUGUUUUUAAAUUGAGGGUGAUAUAUUUAACACAGUAUGUUUUAUUUCUAGUCACAUAUAUCUAGACACACUGAUGUCAUACUGUAAGAAAAUGCUGUUAGGUUGUCUCCAUAAUAUGUGAGCCUUACAUUUUUAGCUUAAAAGAAGGCAUGUCUGAGACAGUAUAGUUGUUGUUUUUAUGCAAACCAUAGUCAGUUAUCCAUAGUUGAAAGAUUAAAUUCAUUUGUCAAAUGCAUACAUCUCUGUGAAGGUGAGGUAUGAGUAACCAACAGGCUCAAGGUUUCAGUAAAGCCUUAUAGACUUGAAUCAUGCUUAUGCCCCUGGUCUUACGGGUUAUUUUUUAAAAAUCCUCUUCAGAUGCCCAUCUGAUAACUUGUUAACUACCUUUGUUACACACAAAUACCUAUUUUAAUACUGCAUAUUAAUGGUUUUUUAGUUAGUAUAUUUCCAUUCUCCAUGUGAAUAAAAGAUUUUUUUUAUUUCCAGUAUCUUGGACCAGAACAAUAAAGCACUUAAGAUACAGUUUUAAUAAGGUCAUAUGCUAUACAGAGUGAUUGUUAAAUGUUGUUAAGUAAUAUACAGACCUUCACAUAAAAACUUAGGUAUCUCAGUGGUGUUUGAGAUAUAUACUUUUUUCUCUUUUUUUUUUUCUCAUUUUAUUUAUAUCCUCUUAGCUAAGUAGUAUAUAUCCAAUACUCAGGUUAGCUAUCAAAGGAAUUAAACAUUUUUGAUAUUUAGUUGCAAAUUUACAUAAAGCCAUAUAUUGAUUAUCUUCCUUAUGACAGGACUAUUGACCUUAAUGAUCAGGUUGGUUUAGCACAACACUGUGUAUUAUAUGUAUGUAUGCAUUUCUGUAUAAACUUGUUUGAAAUAUUUGUUUCCAAAAUGGGAGUAGUAGGCAGUUGAGGAAAGAUUUUCUUAGGUUAAAUGUUUAAGAAAUUUAAUUAAUGUACUCAAAAUAGGUUUUGCUUUCUAAAUUCAGUUUUGUGGCAGGUAAAGUUUUUUUUUUUUGUUUUGUUUUUGGUGUUUUUUUUUUGUAAAUAAUAAAUUAGCAUUGUUUGGUAAACUUUCAGUUUUUUGGGGGUAGAGGGACAUUUUCUUGAUAUGUAAAGCAAUUAUUCACUUUAGCCAAGGUACAGAUUUGUUUUUGGCAUUUGAGAGGCUAUUUUCCUUGUCUUCCACCUUUCAAUAAAUACUAAGAUUGAUAACCACA